AAAAUGAAACAAGUAUCUGCAUGUAAUUCUGACUUGGCAUAUGCACAAGUUGUUAUUCCUCAAUAUUUUAUAUUUUGGUUUUUCUUUGUCCUGUGUGCUAACAAUAGCAUGGUAGUUAUUCAAUCACUAUCUUUUACUGUCAUUCAAUGUUACCUUACAAUUGCAAACUGAUAGUGUACGAAUUUAAACUGGGAGCGUACAAUCUUUAUCAAAUUUGUCAGUGUUCAGUCUCAUCAGUGUUUUGGUUCUUAGAAAUGUAUGCUUAGAAAAUCUUCAAUACAGAUUCCAGAUAGAUUUUAGAUCAUAAGUGAGUAGGUUGUUACUAAUUAAACUAGGGAUUUGAUUUCAUGGAUCCUUGAUAAUAGUCAGACCAAGGUGAAUGUAAAUUCACUAUUUAUUGGUCAACUUAUAAUUCAUGGCAUGUCUCCUUGCUACUUAUUCCAGAAUUUCUCAUACAUACAAAAGAGUGGGCCAGAUAACAAACAUAUAUCGGUAAGAUUCAAUAUGGAACAGUUCCUUGCAUGAAGAGUUCAGUGGGAUUUUCCACUCUGACUAGAUGUAUAGCUCGACAUUAAUUUCAAUAAUACAUUUAGGAUUCUUGUAUUAUUUUUUUUCUUCUUAGAAGAGCCUAAAAUAGCAGAAUAGGCUAAAGAUAGUGGUAUCCCAGCAAGCAGCAACAUAAGAUAAGAUCCGCAUACCUUGCUUAGGAAGAGUGUAAUUAAUUGGUAUUGCACUUGCUAAUAUUUGAUCUCACGGUCAAAGACUAAUAAUGGAUUGUUUUGCUUUAGAAAAUAAUUAAAGAAAAUAUCUGACCAUUGUAUUUGAUUUCAGAUUUACCAUAGGUCAAAUAAAAAAUUCAAUAGAUAUUAGUUCUACUUGAGUUACAUUGGCAAAAACUGAGGUAGGUAAGAAGAAAAGGAAACUGGUUUUGUAGAUGUUUACCAUUACGUGGUUGUCAUUGAUGUGUCCCAAUUGUUAGUAACAAGAUGAUAUACUAAUGGUUUUCAGCUUACAUUCUGCCUUCAGGCUUCAACCAAUAAUCCAAAAAUUUUAAAUCAUGUACUAAUGUUAGAUUAUAGUGCCUUCUUCUUUUACGAUUUAGGUAGGCCAACAUAUUGCAAAACAAGCAAAGAAAGUGCCUAGUACAAAUGCUUUUUCAGCAGAAAGUGCACUUAUCAAGGCACUUGAAUCACAGCACAUGCCAUCAUUUCCAUGUCAAUGAAAACGUGUAUCUGUGCCAGCCUGCAACCACUAAUCCUCUUCCACAAAGGAAAAGAUAAAGCAUAGCAUGUUUGUUUUUUUCCCCCAAGCUGGAUAACUAAUAAUCUUCCACAGCAUCAAAUACCAACACAAAUGAGCAUUUUUAUAUUCUUUCAAGUCAGAUUAGAGGCCUGUAAAAUUAUGAAUGACCAAACAGUUCAAUCUCUUAAGUGGAUCUUAUUCUGAUGGUGGAUUGCUGCACGUACUCGGUUAAUUAGCUUGAAACUUAGCAAGUCAUGAAACAAAACUUUGAUCUUGAAGUGGUGGCCUCAGCAGAAUAUGAAUCUGAAGUUAGCAGCCAGGUUGCUUCCAAUAUAUCUAUUCAAGAAACCUCUGCUGCUCCUUGUAUUGACAACCUCACCAACUCUUCCAAUGCCACUAAUCCAAUUGAACUUCAUCUCCAUUCAGAUGGAAUCUCUCUAGACUUAACUCUCAACUUCAACAACAAUGACAUAGUGGUUAGAGAUUCAACAGGACUCUCAUUCUCCAGCACUAGUGAGAGCAGCAAUGAUCCUCCCUCUCAAACUACUUCAGCAACCAACCCGCGAGUUUUCUCUUGCAAUUACUGCAAGCGCAAGUUUUUCAGCUCGCAGGCUCUUGGUGGCCACCAGAAUGCACACAAGAGAGAAAGAACAUUGGCAAAGAGAGCUUUGCGGAUGGGGUUUUUCUCUGAGAGGUAUGCAAGUCUAGCAUCUCUUCCUCUUCAUGGUUCUUUGAGGUCCUUAGGGAUAAAGGCACACUCUUCACUGCACCAUGGUUUUUCACCAACAAUAAGACCUCCUGAGAUGAAAAGCAGUGCAAGAUUUGAGCAAGGAUAUAUUGGUCUUCCAAUAUUCUUGGAGGAGGAUGAGGCAGAAUUGUUGUGGCAAGGUAGUUACCAUCAGGUUCCCUCUGAAGGAGGCCAUACUCAUGAAAAUUUCACACCAAGUGGAAGUUCAAAUUUGAGUUUUAUUGGGGUCAAUCCACCGGUUGACAUAGAGAACUCAACACCUGAGUUAACAUUGAAGCUUUGACGGGGUUAUUUGGCACAUUUCUGGCAUCUAGUUGUCUGUUUUAUUUGUUAUAUUUUUGUACAGCAGGACAUGCAUGCAAGGCAAUGGUGCCAGAUUGACCAAUGUCAUUGAACUUGCUGGAUCUCGUGUAAUUUUAAUUCUUCAGUUUUCUCUUACAAAUCCUUGCUUUGGUGUUUUGCACUGUAUGUGCUAUUGUAUAAUUACUCCUGGAGGACAAGUUUGAAGGUUCUGUGUUUGGCAUAUAAAUUAUGUUUUUUGUCUACUGUAAA